CUGAGAUCUUCUGAGAUCUUCUGAGAGUCCAUACCUACCUGCUUUCACGCCUUGGUCGGGAAGAGGAAGAGGGUUGAUUUCACCACUCUCACCACUCUCACCACUUUCACCAUGAACUCAACGAAGAGCAUGGUCGCAGCUGCGCGGGUGGCUGCUAGACCGAAGAAACUACAAUCCUCCUGGGUACGGCAAUUUGCAGCAUCCCACAGGCCUGUCGCAACUUCACGAGCAAACAGACCACACAAUGUUGUCGCCAGGGCAUUCCACGCCCACGAUGGGAAGAAGUCCGCGGCUGCUGGUGGUGCUGCUGCAGAAGCUUCCAAUCCACCAAUGGCGUUUCCCUGUCUCGACGCCCUUGAAUCGAAAUCCGCAACCCUCGAAGCGCGAUCGCUUUCCAGCGGCCCCGAACCAUCUUAUACCAGUGGCGUGACGCUCAAGUACCGCUGCCAUGACCCAUUAUUACUUGAUUGGGGCGGAGUGUUGCCAGAGUUCGACAUCGCAUACGAAACUUGGGGAGAAAUAAAUGCUGAUAAAUCCAAUGUCAUCCUUCUCCACACCGGCCUCUCUGCCUCCUCACACGCCCAUUCCACAGAGAAGAAUCCGAAACCUGGAUGGUGGGAGAAGUUUAUUGGCCCAGGAGGAUGCCUUGAUACAGACAAAUAUCAUAUCAUUUGCACAAAUGUUAUUGGAGGUUGUUAUGGUUCAACUGGACCAAGCAGUAUUGACCCCGCGGAUGGAAAAAGAUAUGCUACGAGGUUCCCGAUCCUGACAAUGGAGGAUAUGGUCCGCGCACAAUUUCGGCUUCUCGAUGGUCUGGGAAUCAAAAAGCUGUAUGCCAGUGUAGGUUCAAGUAUGGGUGGAAUGCAAUCUUUAGCAGCAGGCUUGCUCUUCCCGGAACGGGUCGGUCGAAUUGUCAGUAUUUCUGGCUGUGCACGGAGCCAUCCAUACAGCAUUGCGAUGCGCCACACACAACGGCAGGUCCUUAUGAUGGACCCGAAGUGGAACCGCGGUUUCUAUUAUGAUAGUGUCCCUCCCCACGCUGGGAUGAAACUAGCACGGGAAAUUGCAACGGUUACAUACCGCUCAGGGCCGGAGUGGGAGCAACGAUUUGGUCGCCGACGAGCAGAUUCUAGCAAGCAACCUGCACUGUGCCCUGAUUUCCUCAUUGAAACAUAUUUGGAUCAUGCGGGGGAGAAGUUCUGUUUGGAGUACGAUGCCAAUAGUCUGCUCUACGUUAGUAAAGCAAUGGACCUGUUCGAUCUUGGUGCCGCAAACCAAGCUGCGAGUAGUGCCCGCCGAGCUGCUCACCUUAAACGAUUCAAAUCCGCAUCCCGUGACGAGGUAGAAGCAGCGUCAUGCAGCCUCACGCUUCCUGACUCGCCCUAUGUGGAGCAACCAGAAGCCACUGUUCCCACAGAUUUUAGUGCUCCUGUCACCUCACCUUCCGGACCACCUCAAGAUUUAGUAGAUGGGUUAAAGGGUCUGGCCAAUCAUCCUAUGCUGGUGAUGGGUGUUGCAACUGAUAUUCUGUUUCCGGCAUGGCAGCAGAGGGAGAUUGCAGAGACGUUAAGGAAAGCAGGGAAUAAUAGCGUCACGCAUGUGGAGCUUGGGGAGGAUAUCAGCCUUUUUGGGCAUGAUAGCUUUUUGUUGGAUUUGGAGCAUAUUGGAGGGAACCUGAAGCGGUUCUUGGGUUGAGAUCAGUAAGAAAGGGUGCUUGGUGACCCGUGAGGUUAGGGUAUGAUGGAAGAUUAAUCUAGGGGAUCUGGGGAGAUUUAGAGAGGAGUCACCCUAUGAAAUCAAGACAUAAGUUACCGGUUGUUGGAGGAAAACGAUGUAUGAGAACGAGUGUACGAUCGGAGGAUAAGGUGCAUUGGAAGGCGUUCUUUGAUUCGGCAUCUGUUAUGGCGUUAGCACGCAUAUCGAUUUGAGCAGAUAUCUUAUAUACAGGUGUAGAUAAAUCUCCUUCCUAUUGUUCGGAAGACUUUUCAAAAAGCAUCUCUUCUUCUACC